CACUCCCAAUCAAUGAAGAAUUCAAAGCGUUUCAAGGCUUCUCAACUGCAUCCACAUUUAGUUGGUGGUAGCAUUUACUAUUCUCGACCUAACACCCAUCUUAAUCAUAUCUAUAUAUACAUUUGUCUCCCUUCUCACACCAUUCAAAACAGAUAAUAAUACCAUUUCGCCAUGGCCAGUGAACGAGAUCUCCUAUCCACAGAGAUUGUCAACCGUGGGAUUGAAUCUUCCGGUCCGAAUGCCGGAUCCCCAACCUUUUCUGUCAGGGUUCGGCGACGCCUGCCGGACUUCCUUCAGUCCGUUAAUCUCAAGUAUGUGAAAUUGGGCUACCACUAUCUCAUAAACCAUGCUAUAUAUUUGGCCACCAUACCGGUGCUGGUGCUUGUUUUUAGUGCGGAGGUUGGAAGUCUCAGUAGAGAGGAGCUGUGGAGGAAGCUCUGGGAAGAUGCACGAUACGAUCUUGCAACUGUGCUUGGUUUCUUUGGAGUGUUUGUAUUCACACUUUCGGUUUACUUCAUGUCCCGUCCACGCUCCAUCUACCUUGUCGAUUUUGCAUGUUAUCAGCCUCAAGAGGAUCUCAAGGUUUCGAAGGAGCAGUUCAUUGAGCUCGCACGAAAAUCAGGCAAGUUUGACGACGCAAGCCUGGAAUUCCAGAAGAGAAUUUUACAGUCAUCAGGCAUAGGCGACGAAACCUACAUCCCAAAGUCACUUAUCAUGUCGACGGAAAACUGCGCAACCAUGAAAGAAGGCCGAGCAGAGGCGUCGGCCGUGAUGUUUGGGGCCCUUGACGAGCUGUUCGAGAAAACCAGGGUGCGUCCAAAGGAUAUAGGAGUCCUGGUAGUGAACUGCAGCAUCUUUAAUCCAACCCCAUCGCUGUCGGCCAUGAUAAUAAACCACUACAAGAUGAGGGGAAAUAUAUUGAGCUACAACCUUGGUGGGAUGGGGUGCAGUGCCGGGAUCAUAGCGGUGGACUUGGCGAGAGACAUGCUUCAGUCCAGCCCAAACAACUGUGCUGUGGUUGUGAGCACUGAGAUGGCGGGCUAUAACUGGUACCAGGGCCGUGACAGAUCUAUGCUCAUACCCAAUUGUUUCUUCCGCAUGGGUUGCUCCGCCGUCCUCCUCUCCAACCGUCGCCGUGACUACCACCGUGCCAAGUACCGCCUUGAGCACAUAGUUCGCACCCAUAAAGGAGCCGAUGACCGCAGCUUCAGGAGCAUUUACCAGGAGGAAGAUGAACAACGAUUUAAAGGGCUAAGGGUGAGCAAAGACCUAAUGGAAAUAGGCGGUGAUGCUCUCAAAACAAACAUCACCACGCUCGGUCCUUUGGUGCUACCCUUCUCCGAGCAGCUCCUCUUCUUUGCGACUUUGGUUUGGAGGCAUUUAUUCGGUGGUAACGCUGGGCCGGGUUUGCAGCCUUCAUCAUCCCCAUCCAAGAAGCCGUACAUUCCUGACUAUAAGCUGGCAUUCGAGCACUUCUGCGUGCACGCGGCAAGUAAGAAUGUGCUCGACGAGCUACAGAGAAACCUGGAGCUCAGUGAGAAGAACAUGGAAGCCUCUAGGAUGACAUUGCACCGCUUUGGUAACACCUCCAGCAGCAGCAUAUGGUACGAGUUGGCAUAUUUAGAAGCUAAGGAGAGGGUGAGGAGAGGUGACCGUGUUUGGCAACUCGCAUUCGGAUCUGGUUUCAAGUGCAACAGCGUAGUCUGGCGGUCCAUGCGCCGUGUUAAGAAGCCUAAUAGGAAUCCCUGGCUCGACUGCAUUGACAGGUACCCUGUGCCCUUCUCUCUGUAGAGCUCUAAUUAAGAGGCUUUGGAAGGGACACCUUGUCCGUGCUUGAUGCGAUCAUCUCAAGCAGGAAUUAAUGAUAAUGAUGGACAAUUACUUUCAGUCCUUUUUUAUGUUUUUUGUGGGGGCUCUUUUCUGGAAAUGGUAUAUUAUAGGCAAUCUGGCAUAAGACAUUUUCUCUGUGAAAUUUGGAAAACUAGUUUGAACAAUAGUAAUAUAUAUCCAAUUAUAAUAUUAUAAAUUCA